GCAAAACGAAAUUGGAACUCUGAAGAAACUCUCAGUGAAAUAAAAGAGAAGAAAUUAAUUGUUCUUUAAAGGGUUGUUGUUUUUGUUUCACAUCCCUCACUUGUUUUCAACGACAAAGUAGUGUAUUGUGAGAAAUUGAAAUUGGUUCCCAUGAAAGGUUGAAUCCAAAUCUUCGAUUGUCCCGCUAUCGAUAUGAAUAAUCACUUUGGAAACACGAUUCUUUGUCGCUGCAACGAUUCAAUCAUUGAAUUGGGUUACCAAUGGCUGAAAUUGUAUCUGCAGAUUCCACUAGCAUCCUUUUUAGUGUGUUAAUUCAUUUUUCCAAGUAUUGUUGUUGCUCAGAUAUGAAAUUCUGAUUAUCAUUAAUUCAACGUGGUUUCUAUGGAUUUAACAACUGAGAAAAAAGGAAUUGGUUAACAGCAAAAAAAAGGACUUAGAGAAUUGUAGGUAAGUUUUGUCCUUUUUUAAAUGCUCACGUAAAUUACGCACGUGACUUUCUCUUCCCUCCUAAAUUCCUUUUCUGUCUCUGAUUUUCCUAUGUAUUUCAAUCCUUGUUCUUCCAUCACAACUUGUUUUUUCUCCCAUUCUUGUUUACCCACUCUCCUUGCCACUCAAAAUUUUCUGAUUUCCAUAACAACUUCAUGGCUUCUAGGAUACGCAAUGUCCGUUCAGAAAACAUUGAUGAUCAUGUUGAUCAACCUCUCCAUAAGCGUCUCAAGCAAUGGAGUGCUUCAUCUCUUUCGCUAGACAAUAGUAUACUUAACGAGCCUGGCCCUUUGGGUUUAAGUCUCAAGAAGAGCAAUUCGUUUUUAGAAAUUCUGCAAAUGAUGAUUUCUCAAGGGAAUAUGGUUAGUGCAUAUGAAAAAGACGAGACUUCAAACUCUCGAUCAAGAUCAAAAAAAGAGAGCCGGGCUUCUGCUGUAAAGCUGAAGGCUUCAAAUUUCCCGGCUAUCCUUUUAAAAAUCGGUUCAUGGGAGUAUAAAUCAAAAUUUGAGGGUGAGUUAGUGGCAAAGUGUUACUAUGCCACAGAGAAGCUUGUUUGGGAAGUUCUUGAAGGCGAUUUGAAGAGGAAAAUAGAAAUUCCGUGGUCAAAUAUCACCGCACUUCAAGCAAAUUGUCCUGAGGAAGGACCUAGCACAUUGACUUUAGUUGUUGCUAGACAGCCUCGCUUCUUUAGGGAGGCUGAUCCUCUACCUAGAAAGAGCACACGGUGGGAAUCAACGACAGAUUUUACCGGUGGGCAGGCUAGCAUACACAGGAUGCAUUUUUUGCAAUGUGAACAAGGACUGUUGGCCAAACAUUUUGCAAAACUCAUCCAGUGCAGUUCACAUCUUAAUUUAUUAAGCAGACAGCCAGAGAUAAUAUUGGAUUCACCUUAUUUUGGUACACAAUUCGCUGCUUUUGAGAAACCUGACAAUAGCAAAGGAUCAGCAACUACUCAUUUUCAGAACACGGGAUCUCCUCAUUUGUCCCUGUCACCUUCAUUUACGAUUGAGCACAGUGAUCCUUCUGCCAUUACUUUAGAUAGCGUUCCCUGCAAAGCGCCUUCCUCCAGUCCAGAAGGAAUAUAUUGUUCUGAAGCUGAUUCGAGGGGCCCAAGUAACUUGGAUCAAAUAAAACAGCCUGGACUCCAUCUUUCUAACUCUCAGAACGAUUUGGUUGGCUUCAUUGAACAUGAACUUCCCGAAGAAAUAAUGGACUCAGAGAAUCCAUCCUUUUCUGUUGAAAUGGAUGUCCGAAUAACGCUGGAUGAUGUUGAACAUGAUCUGCUUAGUGACGACAUUGUUGUUACACUAGCUUCCAAUGACAGUUCGCUAAUUUCAAAGGUCAAAUCUUUUGGCAAUGUUCUAGAUUUGGAUCCUGCAGAAGUGCUGAAUCCACCCGACAUAGGACAUGAAGAAAAUAUUGAACUUGGUGAUGAUCUUGAGUCAAAUGAGGGCAACAAAAUCGAAACGGAUAUCGAGGCUGCUGCUGAAGAGGACUCAAGAGAUUUUUAUGGUGGCAAUCCGACAUCAGGCAUGUCCAGGAACGACUCCUUUCUAGGCGUGGUUCUUCAUCUUCCUAAAAUUGCAUCUCUUCCUAAAAUUCCAUCUCUUCCUAAAAUUGCAUCUUUUUCUCUAAUUGCACCUCUUUCAUCCCCAUAUGAUUAUGAUUAUGGUUAUGAAUUCAGAAUGUUCGAGUAGCAUAGAAAGUUCAAUUUUUAUCAUGGGAUUUAUUUUUCAUUGAGUCUCAUUAAUAGAUUUCUAUGUGUAAGUAAAUUAUGCUUUACCUAUUUGAAACAUUCUGGUACAUUCAUUUAUUAGAUACUCGUAUUGCUUUCUUAAGGAUGACACUUUUCUUGUGUUUAA